UCUAGACUUUGAUAUUCCAACUAAGCUUGCACAUGACAAGAUUCCAUGGCUACAAGGCCUUCAUUUGCUAUGUGAACUCACCCAGUAAAACCCAACCUCAUGAAAUGAAACCAAAAUGUAUAUAAAUUUAUAUAUUUAGCGUAACGAUUCCUUCAUAGGAAGGAGAGAGACAAUUGAUUCAUGGGAAGGAGAGCAUGGUCAACCUCUCUCCUCUUCCAAUCCAAAAGCUUCUGUUUCUCUCUUCUGUAUCUCUUCACAACUCUGUUUCUUGCUCUCUAUUCCACACUUUCAACCAAAUGCAUCUUCAGAUCUUCACCUUUCAAUCCAAUCCAGAAAUCCCUCUUUUCUUACCCACCAAACUAUGGAGAACACAAGUAUGCUAUCCCAACUCUGCGUUCCUCUUGCAAUUCCCCUGUAUUUUUCUCAGAUUAUUCCAUGGUCUUGGAUGAUAUCAAAGAAAUCUGCAUGAAUUCAUCAUCUUCUACAUCGACUCUGAGUUAUCUGUCAAAGAAAGCUGAUAGCUUUGCAGGGAAUUUUAGUACCAAAGAAAGGAUUUUUUAUUUUGAUCACAGAGAUGAUCAGGUGGAGGUUCCUUGUGGAGUCAUGAAGGAAUUCCCUGUUAGUGAUUCUGAUAGAAUAGCUAUGGAGAGCUGCAAGGAAGUGGUGGUAAUCUCAGCAAUUUUUGGUGAUCAUGACAAAAUCCGGCAACCAAGAGGGCUUGGAUCGAAAACCUUGGAACUAGUUUGUUUCAUCAUGUUCAUAGAUGAUCUAACUCUGGAAGGUCUUCAAUCUCAUAACCUUCUUCUCAAUGAAGACCAAGAAUAUAAAUUAGGUGUUUGGAGAAUUGUUAAAGUUUCUGGUGAGCUUCCAUAUGAAAAUCCAGCCAUGAAUGGAGUAAUACCCAAGCAUUUGCCUCACAGGCUCUUCCCAAAUUCUAAAUUCAGCAUUUGGUUGGACGCGAAGCUUCAAUUAAUGGUUGAUCCAUUACUGUUAAUCCAUUCUCUUGUUAUAUCAGAGAAUGUGGACAUGGCUAUAUCCAAGCAUCCUUACUAUGUUCAUACAAUGGAAGAGGCAAUGGCUACUGUAAGGUGGAAGAAAUGGGGAAAUGUUGAUUCUUUGAAGAAGCAAAUGGAGGUUUACUGUCAAAAUGGUCUCAAACCAUGGACAAGCCAGAAGCUCCCAUAUACCACAGAUGUACCAGACAGUGCUCUGAUACUGAGGAGACAUGGAAGUAGAAGCAACCUCUUCUCUUGUCUUCUAUUCAAUGAAUUAGAAGCUUUCAACCCAAGAGAUCAAUUGGCUUUUGCAUAUGUGAGAGACAAAAUGAAGCCAAAGGUAAAGCUUAACAUGUUUGAGGUUGAAGUGUUUGAGCAGAUUGUGUUGGAAUUUAGACACAACCUGAAAAAACAUGGUAGAGGAACUAGUCCAAUAGAGGUGCCAAGGACAAAAUGGUGGAAGGAUGUGUGUGGUAAUGGAAGUAGUUGUAACUGUUCCAGUUAUCUUCUACAAAUGUGGCGGGAAUCCCAUGAUUGAUCCUUUAGCUUUUUUAUUUUUACAGUUACAACUAAACACUGACACACAUUAUAUAUAAACAUUAAGAGGAAGAAACUGAAGAAACAAAAACCAUGGGACCCCUAAUGUGAUUUGUUUUAAGGCAAUGCACUUAUCAGUCUGAAUGAAAACCUUUAGGGUCGCUUUCUAGUGGGCCA